AUGUCUUCUCACUCCAAUUGCCAUUCCUGCCGCUGCUGUAACAUACUUAUUAGUGAUACUCACAACUGUCACUCUGUGAUGAACCAACAAGCCAAGAAUAAGGAUGAAAACGAAGAUUUUCCUGUUUAUAAACAAUCAAUUAAAAUUAAUGAUAACUCUUUCAUAGAAAUUGAUAACAUUGAUUUCCUCAGGUGCAACAUCCGCUGUACCAAAUGUAACAAUUGUCUCACUUUAACAAACAACCAAAAUAGAACAUUUGGAAGGUUUAAGCGUUCCAGAAGGUCUUCUGACUUCAAUUUCUCUCAUACCGCUUACAAAUUGAACGUUUUGCCCAAAUGUUUCAAAUCCCUCAUCGUAGAUUCAUCUGAAGAACAAGAAGACAAUGCUGAUGUUUAUGAUUGCAGAUCGGACAAUGAUAUCAUUGAUGUACCUUCUUCCCAAGCUGACUCGAUUUUCGACUCCGAUGAAGAUGAUUUUAACUACAUGUUCUCGAAUACGAUGCCAACUUUCGUUGGAUCAUAUGUAGAAAGUUUAUUUUUAGUCAAUGAGAUUAUAGCCUAA